AUGUUUUACUCUCAGUUUAUUUUGGCGAAGAAAGGUCCACUUGGGACGAUAUGGAUAGCUGCACAUUUAGAGAGGAAGCUCCGGAAGAAUCAGGUGGCGGAUACUGAUAUUGGCGUCUCUGUAGAUUCCAUUCUUUUUCCUGAAGUACCAAUUGCACUCCGUUUAUCCAGUCAUCUUCUGCUUGGUGUGGUAAGGAUAUAUUCCAGAAAGGUGAAUUACCUUUUUGAUGAUUGCAGUGAAGCCUUGCUUAAGGUAAAGCAAGCUUUCCGCUCCACGACAGUUGAUUUGCCACCAGAAGAGUCCACUGCACCUUACCAUUCCAUCACUCUACCUGAGACUUUUGAUCUUGAUGAUUUUGAACUACCAGAUAAUGACAUUUUUCAAGGCGACUAUGUUGAUCGCCAUGUCAGUACUAGGGAGCAGAUUACACUGCAAGAUACUUUGGACGACAUGGCUUACAAAACAUCACAGUUUGGAUUGGAUGAGCGCUUUGGAGAUGGUGAUGCUUCUCAAAUUGGUUUAGACCUUGAUGAGGUUAUGUUAAUAGACAAAGAUUCCACUUUGGAGCACAAUGACUUCAGUGCUAAUCCUCAAGUGUCUCAUCAAGAAGAUGAAAAGAAAGAGGAGGUGAUUACAACUUCUGAUAAAAUGCUAGUAGAAAACAGUGGAAGCAAGGUUAUGUUAAUAGACCAUGAUGCCAAUUUGGAACAUGUUGACUUCGGUGCUAAUCCUCAAGUUUCUCAUCACGAAGAUGAAAAGAAAGAGGAUGUGAUUGGAACUUCAAAUAGAAUGCAAGUAGAAGACAGUGGAACCAAAAUUGAUUCGAGUGAUGGUUUUCCCACUUCUCCUGAAUUUCAUGAAUAUGCUCAAGGCCCAUCUACUUCUCCUGAAUUUCAUGACAAUGCUCAAGAUCCAUCCACUUCUCCUGAAUUUCAUGACUAUGCUCAAGAUCCAUCCACAUCUCCUAAAUUUCAUGAAUAUGCUCAAGGUCCAUCUACUCCAGGACUGCAAGAGCCAAACUUAUUUGGUACUCAGUCGGAUCAGGUCAUUAAUGAAGCUGAUUUUCAUAAUUCCGCAGAUUUAUCAUCAAUGUAUUCAACACAAAAUGAAUCAGGUGCUCAUCAAACUGAGAACAAUGUAAUUGGUUGCUCCUUGCAAAAUAAUGGGAAGCAUGUUGGUGUGGAUUUGCAUCAUGAGGCUAGUGACCGUGUUCUGACUGAUGUGAAUAACGAAAUAGAGGAACAAGACCAUUUCACACGUACAGUUGUGAUGAAGGAUCAAGGAAAUUUGAUACCUAAUAAUCAUUGCUUGGCAUCAGUACCCUUGAUGGACUCCUCCAAUGAAGACCACACAACCACUAUGUUACCAGAAUGUGCAGGUGGGUAUGUUGAUGCUUCUGGUAUACAUGAAAAGGUGGAAAGAUCGCAAGAUGGAGUUCAGAUGAACACUGAAUCAGUUAUGGCCAAUUUAAAUGAAACUGUUAGUGUUGUUUCUGGAGGUGUGAACAUCAAUGAUUCUGGUGUGUCUCCUAGUUGUUCUCAUGUUACACCUGAUCAAGAGGGCCUCUCAUGUAAACUGUUGUCUACCAUGGGUGGAUCUCGUGGUUCUGAAUUUGGUGGUCAUUUGGCAGAUGUUACCACAUCGUUAAAGCACGGAGUUUCAAAUAACAGUGAAGUUUCCAAGAAUGAGCAGCAACCGAACAUGGUUUAUGAGGCUCAAGUAUCCAAUAUUGUAAGUCUUCUAGAAUCAUCUGGUAGACCUGAAGUUGUUGAUGUGGAAGCUCGUGCAUCUCAGGAACUGAAGGAAGCAGGUAUUUUAAACUUUGUAUCUCAUGAAGCUGAGCAGCGCACCCAGUCACACCUUCAGCCAUGCACUUCCCGUGUAAACAAUCCUUCUCUGUUAUCUAUUGAAGGUGAAAAAUGUCACGAAACUGAUGUUUCAGAUCCUGCUUUGGGUUAUCAGGGUACCGUAGAGCCAUCUGCUUGUGAAGGAAAGUUGGACUUGGGGCAAUCAGGCAUGCAAUUUGGGAGUCAGAUGAUAAGUAAUAAAAUGGGAAGUGUAAACACAUUUACUGCUUCUGACAUACCAGAGCCUGAAAAAAUGCUCUCCUUGGGGCAAUCAGGCAUGCAAUUUGGGAAUCAGAUGAUAAGUAAUAAAAUGGGAAGUGUAAACACAUUUACUGCUUCUGACAUACCUGUGCCUGAAAAAAUGCCCUCCUUGGGGCAAUCAGGCAUGCAAUUUGGGAGUCAGUUGAUUAGUAAUAAAAUGGGAAGUGUAAACCCAUUUACUGCUUCUGACAUACCUGCGCCUGAAAAAACGCCCUCCUUGGGACAAUCAGGCAUGCAAUUUGGGAAUCAGAUGAUGAGUAAUAAAAUGGGAAGUGUAAACACAUUUACUGCUUCUGACAUACCUGCGCCUGAAAAAGUGCUCUCCUUGGGGCAAUCCGGCAUGCAAUUUGGGAGUCAGAUGACAAGUAAUAAAAUGGGAAGUGUGAACACAUUUACUGCUUCUAACAUACCUGGGCCUGAAAAAAUGCUCUCCUUGGGGCAAUCAGGCAUGCAAUUUGGGAGUCAGAUGACAGGUAAUAAAAUGGGAAGUGUAGACACAUUUACUGCUCCUAACGUACCUGAGCCUGAGAAAAUGCUCUCCUUGGGGCAAUCAGGCAUGCAAUUUGGGAGUCAGAUGACAAGUAAUAGAAUGGGAAGUGUAAAUACAUUUACUGCUUCUAACAUACCUGAGCCUGAGAAAAUGCUCUCCUUGGGGCAAUCAGGCAUGCAAUUUGGGAGUCAGAUGACAAGUAAUAGAAUGGGAGGUGUAAACACAUUUACACCUGAGCCUGAGAAAAUGCUCUCCUUGGGGCAAUCAGGCAUGCAAUUUGGGAGUCAGAUGACAAGUAAUAAAAUGGGAAGUGUAAAUACAUUUACUGCUUCUAACAUACCUGAGCCUGAGAAAAUGCUCUCCUUGGGGCAAUCAGGCAUGCAAUUUGGGAGUCAGAUGACAAGUAAUAGAAUGGGAGGUGUAAACACAUUUACUGUUUCUAACAUGCCCGAGCCUGAGAAAAUGCUCUCCUUGGCUUAUCCACAUUUUGGUGAGAUGAAUCAUUUGCUGCUGGAGUCUACUCCUGGCAACCAGGGUAUAUCUGGAGGUCAUACAGAUGUUGCAGCAGUAACAUCAGUAUCUGGUAAAAAGCGCAGCUACACAGAAAGUACUCUUACAGUGCAGAGCACGGGUUUAGUUGAAUCAUAUGGUGGGGCUCAGUCCAGAAGAACUACCGGGUCCAUUCCGGAUGAUGAUGAUCUAUUGUCUUCUAUAUUAGCUGGAAGAAAAUCUUCAGCUUUAAAAGUUAAACCAAGUCCAGCAACCGCGGAAGUACCAACAGCAAAGCGGUUUCGUUCUACACCACGAACUAGUACCUUAAAGAGGAAGGUGCUUGUGGAUAAUACGAUGGUCUUGCAUGGGGAUAUAAUACGCCAACAAUUGAUAAGUACUGAAGAUAUUCGGCGCGUACGGAAAAAAGCUCCGUGCACAAGCGAUGAGAUUUUAAUGAUCCAGAGACAGUUUUUGGAGGAUAAAAUUUUCCAUAAACCAAUAUUUACAGAUUUGUCUGCUGAUUUGACUAUUCUGCAAAAUGGGACAUUUGAUCUGAGUGGAAUCAAGGUUUAUAAUUAUGGCUUAGAUAGUUUUUCCGUGGAAAAAGUAAACGAUCAACAGUCCUAUUCUAAAUCAAAUGCUGAAAUUCAUGUUGAGCUAGCACAUAAUGAGCCUAUGGCUGUCCAACCCCAAGAAGAGGCUGAAGUCUCUUAUUCUAAAACGAAUGUUGGGAUUCAUGAGGUGGAAUCACAUAAUGAGCCUAUGGCUGUCCAACCUCAAGAAGAGGCUGAAGUGUCUUAUUCUAAAACAAAUGUUGGGAUUCAUGAGGUGGAAUCACAUAAUGAGCCUAUGGCUGUCCAACCCCAAGAAGAGGCUGAAGUGUCUUAUUCUAAAACAAAUGUUGGGAUUCAUGAGGUGGAAUCACAUAAUGAGCCUAUGGCUGUCCAACCCCAAGAAGAGGCUGAAGUGUCUUAUUCUAAAACAAAUAUUGGGGUUCAUGAGGUGGAAUCACAUAAUGAGCCUAUGGAAGUCCAACCCCAAGAAGAGGCUGAAGUGUCUUAUUCUAAAACAAAUGUUGGGGUUCAUGAGGUGGAAUCAUAUAAUGAGCCUAUGGAAGUCCAGCCCCAAAAUAAUGCUGAAGCCCAACCUUCUGAGAUGCCUGUUCCGUCUGAGAGGGAAUCCCACAAUGAAACUAUGGAAGUCCAACCCCAAAAAACUGCUGAAGCCCAACCUUCUGAGAUGUCUGUUCUGUCUGAGAGGGAAUCCCACAACGUAACUAUGGAAGUCCAACCCCAAAAAACUGCUGAAGCCCAACCUUCUGAGAUGCCUGUUCCGUCUGAGAGGGAAUCCCACAACGUAACUAUGGAAGUCCAACCCCAAAAAACUGCUGAAGCCCAACCUUCUGAGAUACCUCUUCCGCUGGAGAGUUAUCAGUCUGGAGUUGACUUUGGAUCUCAUGAUAUUGACGCUCAUGGGCGUGCAGAUAUUAUAUCAGACAUGAAGGAGCUUAGCGGUUCUCAAAAUGCUGAAAUGGACAAUGCUGGGGUGAUUUUCGAGAUUUCUGAAGCAGAGAAUUACUCUGUUGGGCCUACAAAUAUUAUAUCAGAUGUAAAUGAGCUUGGUAGUUCUCAAAAUGCUGAAAUGAACAAUGCUGGACGAAAUUUCGAGACUUCUGAAGCAGAAAAUUACUCUAUUGUGCAUUCAAAUAUUAUAUCAGACGUAAAUGAGCUUGGUAGUUCUCAAAAUGCUGAAAUGAACAAUGCUGGUGGAAAUUUUGAGACUUUUGAAGCAGAGAAUUACUCUGUUGUCCCUGGGCAUGAUGAAACUUUAUCCCUAACUGAAGUUUUUGAAAAUGAGCUAUGUAUGCCAAAAGAUUUUGAUGCAUCGCAGCCUCUCAUGGAUAAAACCGAUGAUCUUGCUGGUUCUAUCCAUACAAAUGUGCUGGACAUUCCAACUUCCGAGAAAAUGAAUACAUCUACUCUAGAAAAUGAGUUUGUGGAUGAUCAACAUGAUAGAAACAAUGCAGAUGCUAUUGAAAUUGUAGAGCAUGCCAUGGAAAUUGGAACACGAGUUGAAACAGAUGGCUUGGAAGCUGAUAAUUUAUAUGCAUCCUUGGCUCUUGGCUCUAAGGAAGCUAGUGAAUAUACUGACAACCAGGUUUCCUUCCAUGGAGACCUUCAAAUGGAGGAAAAUGGGAACAGCAUGCUAGAAGGCUUAAAUGAGGAUCAAGUUGUUUCUUCUGGCUUGGGAUGUGAUGACAAGGAUGCAAAGGCUGGCGCCUUAUUUAGUGAGAAUAUUGAAGUAGAUUGUUUACAUUCUGUAGCACCUGAGGAUGUAAAAGAAGGUUCUAAUGAUGAGGAAAACCCAGUCUUUCAAGAAGCUGAAUUACAAAAUACAAUGACUCCUGAUGUCUCAGCUAUUAGGAGUCCUUUUGUGGAUCAGAAUGAUGAAGACGAUAUGGUUGACAAUGAUACAGGAUUUUUGAAUGUUGGUGACGAUGAGAUAAUUGAUGAUGAUGAUGACGAUGCUGAUGGUUUUGCACCGGGUGCUGAAGGAACACAGCUAGAAAAUAGUGGAUGGUCUUCUCGAACCAGGGCUGUUGCUAAGUAUCUUCAGACCUUGUUUGAUAAGGAGGAUCUACAUGGAAAGCAGAACCUGCAUCUUGACAAAAUAUUGGCGGGUAAAACACGGAAAGAAGCAUCAAGGAUGUUUUUUGAAACACUGGUUCUCAAGACAAGGGAUUAUAUUGAUGUAGAACAGACAGAACCCUUUGCCAAUAUUAACUUACAACCUCGAGGGAAGCUUAUGAAGACAGAUUUCUGA